AUCCGAGUCACGGUUUAUAGAAAUGGACCAAUAGGCUUGCGAGUCGUGGUUUUACAGCUCAGGAAUGCAGCUAGCAGGUCAACAAUCGCUAGCUUUCGUUUCGCAUCAGCUGGAGCUGUCGGCGUCUGAUAGAGGUAUCCUCUGGCUGUUUGUCAACUCGUCUCCAGCCACGAAGGUGCCAAAACCAGCAGAAUGGCCACAGCGCAGUCGGCGCUGCUGCUAGCAGUGCAUGUUCUGCUGAUCUCAGAGUUCAUCCUGGCAGCAAGGGACUACUACGACAUUCUGGGGGUACCUAAAGAUGCAAAUGAACGCCUGAUCAAGAAGGCCUUCCAUAAGCUGGCUCUGAAGUACCAUCCUGACAGAAACAAAAGCCCAGACGCCGAAGCCAAGUUCAGGGAGAUAGCAGAAGCUUAUGAGACGUUAUCAGAUGAUAAGAGGAGACGAGACUACGACCAGUUUGGCCACGGCUCGUCCUCAGGUGGUGGCCAAGGAAGAGGAGGAGGAGGAGGAGGCGGAAGAGGACAAGCAGGACAAGGAGGAGACUACCACUUCAGGCAGCAGUACCAGUCCUUCAACUUUGAUGACAUUUUCAAAGACUUUGACACUUUUGGUCAGCGACACCAACACCACUUUCACUCCCACUCCCACAAUCAAGCCCACCAAAAGAGACCGUUCGACAGCCAGUUUCAGGCCCAUCGGGAGGCAAUGAACAGACAGAAGAGACAGUUUCAGCAGGGGGGCUUUGGUGGAGGACUCUUCGAUGACAUGUUUGAGGACUUGGAGAAGAUGUUCUCCUUUAACACACACAGUUCCAGGACUGACGGCCGAUACCAUGGCUCUGGGAAGCAGCACUGCAGGACAGUGACCGAGCGUAGGGGCAACAUGGUGACUACCUUCACUGACUGCUCCUGAGACCAGCAGAAAAUGGCGCUCUACAGAGGGCAGAUAGUUAGGACAUUGCCGCGUUUUUAAAUUGUGAUUUUUGGAAUUGAAUGCUAAUUUAUCACUUGGUGGAAUGGACGAUGGUUUUCGUGUGGCUUUUGUAAUUUUCUGUUUGUAAUUUCCUCCAGGAACAAAUAUCCAAGCUGACCUGA